UGGUCGAGUGACGCGCAAAAAUUGGGCGCGGCUUUCCAGCCUGCUGAACGUCUAAAAAUACUCCCAAGGGGAGAAAAUGGCAGAAGUUAAGUUGCCCAUAACUCGACAAAUCGAGAGAGAAAAUACUCAAGAAAGUGGAUCUUCUCCGAUUAACGUGCACCUCCGAGACGUGGACGAUUGUUUCAUUUACGACCGUCACGGAACGCCCAUCCCGUUCAAGAGUUUGUAUCAAGAUAGGAAGUCGAUCAUUAUUUUUGUACGGAAUUUCUUAUGUUACAGCUGUAAAGACUACGUGGAUGAUCUGAGCAAAGUACCCAAAGAGGUACUGGAGGAUGCAAAGGUUGAUCUAGUUGUCAUUGGACAAUCCGCUCAUCAUCACAUACAGCCUUUCUGCUCACUAACAGGAUACGCUCAUGAGAUCUAUGUGGACCCCAAUAGGGUAAUUUACCAUAAGCUCGGAAUGAAACGAGAAGAGAAGUUUACAGUGUCAGCCCAACCGAGUCCUCAUGUCAAGUCUGGUAUCUUCAUGGGUCAAAUGAAGAGUAUCUGGAGAGCCAUGACGAGUCCUGUAUUCGACUUCCAGGGUGAUCUUCAUCAGCAAGGUGGUGCUAUCAUUGCUGGACCGGGUUCUCAAUUGCGCUUCUGUCAUUUUGACACGAACCAUCUGGACCACAUGCCAAUUAACUGGCUGCUGCAGCUCGCCGGAGUUCAUCACACCCUGAACUUCAGCAAAGAACCAAAGGUCAUCCAUGUGUAACGGGCUCACCUGCCCAAAGUGGAACCAUUCGCUUUGGCUUUGCAACCUGGAAGUUAGCAGUACUGUGCUGGGGAAAAAAAACAUUCUGGCAAUACUCACCAAUGUUCCAAUCCCCACUUGGCUGCAAAAUACCUGAUUAAGUUGGACAUAUCUUUGUGCCUCACUGCUGAAUGAAUGAAUGAAUGAAUGAAUGAAUGAAUGAAUGAAUGAAUGAAUGAAUGAAUGAAUGAAUGAAUGAAUGAAUGAAUGAAUGAAUGAAUGGAAAUAUACUAUAUACACAUUUUAAUGAUGUGCUUGAACAGUACCCGAGGGUCCGUAUACAUAUUAAAACAUAUUUUGAUGCGUU